UGGAGACAGCAGCCAAGCGUAGAAAAGUGCAGCAGAACAUACGAGCUUUUUUUGUCAGACAGAGUAUCCACUAGGUGGCAAUAAACACGUCUAUCUGCCAUUAUUCACAAGAGAAGAAGAAGAGGACUCAGGUGCUCAAACGCUGUCAUGGCGGCCGCCUCUGCAGUUCGGGCGAGCAUCGGGCUGACUCUGAAACUGGUUAAGGUUGCACCGCAGUGCCGUGUUUGUCCGUUUAACCGGUUAAACAUCUGUAACGGUGCCACGAUAGCAAAGUCGAGUCGCCGUUUCUCAGCGCCGAGCAGACAGUUACAGACUUCUAUACAUCGGCACCAGAGUGAGAAGGACAGUUCGACGGUAGAACAUUCCGAUGAAGAUGUCAUUAAUGUGGUAUUUAUUGACCGGUCUGGAGAGAGGAUACCGGUGAAGGCAAAAGUAGGAGACAGUGUUCUGUAUCUAGCGCACAGAUAUGGCAUCGGUCUUGAAGGGGCCUGCGAGGCAUCGUUGGCUUGCUCCACGUGUCAUGUUUACGUAAAUGAUGAGUACUAUGACAAGCUACCUGAACCUGAAGAAAGGGAGGAUGACAUGCUGGAUAUGGCCCCUAUGCUGCAGGAGAACUCUCGUCUUGGUUGCCAGAUAAUUUUGACUCCCGACCUGGAUGGCAUUGAGCUGACCCUACCCAAGGUCACGCGGAACUUUUACGUUGAUGGUCACACCCCCACACCUCACUGAGAAAAGAGGGCUGAACUAAAGGCCACGCAAACCUGGGAGACAUCUUUUAUCAAGACCACUGAGAGUCUCUUGUUUAAAGGACUGAAAAGCAGUGUGGUAAACAGAACAUCAGUCUGAUUUUUCUUUUUUCAGGUGUGUCCAAGAGUCCACACCCACCAAAUGGUGUUUCAGAUCUGGACCAAGAAAAGCACUCUGUCCUUUUGGUCAGGAACAUAGAAAUGGCUUUUGAAACUGUUUGAUGGUUGAGGUUAGAUGGUUGAACAGCUUGGACGGGAAGUUUUAGAAUCACCACUGUGGUCUGGAAUUUUGCUGUAGCAACCUAAAGAGAGUGAAGGUGAUAUUUUGUUUUACGCACAUCAGUCAGACGCACAAUUUUUAUAUUUCCUUAUACAUGUGUGUAAAGGUGAAAUACAUCACAAUAUAAAUGUUAUCCUGGCAUUCA